CAGCACAAAAGACCAAGCCCUAAGAAUAUCUCUCCAAUAUGGAGCUUAUUCCAAAACCCUUUAGCCGCAAUCUAAACCGAUACUGGCGGCGGAGACGAUACGAACGGAUCGACGGGGCUCGAAAUGGCCGGAAGAAGAUUCAGGUGACGAGGUUCCAUGGAGCCCCACCGCCUUCUCCGAAGAGGCUCCGAGCAACCCGGCGGCUCCGGAUAAUCGGACUGAGUCUUUCGCAAUCGCCGGUGAAGCUUUGGACUAAGGUGAAGCAUGCUUAUAUUAACAUGAUGCUCAGCUUGGCUGGUAACGUGGGAGACUUGAAUACCAACAACGUUUUCGGAGGCAAACGAAUUCCGAAAUCUCGGCAAAUCCCGGUUGUUUAUUCCGGCAGUGAAAUCGAGGAGAAGUUGAUUUUUGAGAUUUAUAAGGCCCUGCAAAUGGUUCCUGCUCAUCAUAUUAAUGAAGUAAAAGCCGUUUAGAGAAUGAAAUAUUAUUGAUCAUAUAUGUAUGUUUAAUUAAUUUGUAUACAGC